UCCAGCCUGUUGGUGAUGUGCCCAGCCCGCCACCACUCGGGGCAUGGGUAACGCGCAGCAUAGGCGGUCGCGCGACGGGAGAAGGAAACGCACAGGUACUAGAAAUCCGGAGCUCGCAUCCUCCGCAGCCCCGGCUCUAGCCGAGCGCACCGGGCCCGCCUUGUGGCCGGCUCCCCGCGCGCCACCGAGUUUGGUGCCGGGGGCUGAGUCCUGCAGCUCACUGCGGCUGGCGACAGGGGACGGAUUAUUUUUAGCAGGUUCCCUGUAGCCCAGCGGAGCCGGGAGAUGUUCGCGGAGCCGGGCGGCUGUCUGCAGAGCGUUGGUGCAACCGUGCCUGCUGCCCGGGAGGUUUGGCUGCCGCAGUCCCCUCCAUUCACUGGGCUGUAAAUCGAAGCUGUCUGCACCGGCAAGGCGCUCGAUCCCAGCGUGGCUCCAGGGCUACGUCCCGCCCAGGUCUCCCGGCACCUGAUUUCCCAGUGGUCAAUUAGGUGUCUCAGCCUGCAGCACUGAAGCAGUGGAGGGGCCAAUGCCCCGGCUUUGAUGGAGAGCGCCGUGCGCAGAGACCUCCCCAGUCGACUUCCUCAUCGGAAGGCAGCAUCCAUUCAUAAUUCUCUGCCUGCCUGUGGACUGAGUUAGGUUGGAGCUGGGCAUGGACUCCCGUGAUCUCCCUUUUUGCAGCUGAAGGAGAAACUCACAUAAAAGGGAGAAGGAAGGGGGAAUGCGGUCCUAACGCAACAAGGCGCUGGAAAGCCCCGAGAGGCCUCUCCUCGGCGGGGAGAGGGAGAAGAGGCAGAUCCCGAGCCCGGCGCCCCAGCCAGCUGCUGCUUCGCUGCGGAGCCGGCACGCAUGCCUACCUCACCUGACGGCCGCAUUCCCGGGGAGCCGGCGCGGGGCCCGGCGGCGCGCCCAGGGCGCACGGGCGGUAGGAUCUCCGCACCCGGGGAACGAUGCGCGGCCGGACUGCCCAGGGCCGAACCCGAGCCGGAGCGGGCGCCCGGGGAAGCCAGCCUCGGCGCGGCGCCCCACCGCAACCCCCCGGGAUGCUCGGCGACUCGCAGCCCAGGCCACGCGGCCGUCUCCAACCUGGAUGUGGAGAGCAAGCUGAGUGUGUACUACCGCGCGCCAUGGCACCAGCAGAGAAACAUCUUCCUCCCGGCCACCAGGCCCCCCUGCGUGGAGGAACUGCACCGCCAUGCCCGCCAGAGCCUGCAAGCCCUGCGCAGAGAACAUCGGAGCCGCAGUGAUCGCCGGGAGCAGAGAGCUGCUGCCCCCCUUUCUGUGGCAGCCCCUCCACUGCCCGCCUACCCCCCAACUCACAGUCAGAGGAGGCGUGAAGUUAAAGACCGGCACUUCUUAACGUCCCAUCCCCCGGAGGAUGAAGACACUGAUGUCAUGUUAGGGCAGAGGCCGAAGAACCCAGUACACAAUAUUCCCUCGACACUGGACAAGCAGACCAACUGGAGCAAAGCACUACCUCUCCCAACUCCAGAGGAGAAGAUGAAACAGGAUGCCCAAGUGAUUUCUUCUUGCAUCAUUCCCAUCAAUGUCACUGGAGUUGGUUUUGACAGAGAGGCCAGUAUACGCUGCUCUCUUGUACAUUCACAAUCCGUACUACAGCGCAGACGGAAACUGCGGAGGAGGAAAACCAUCUCGGGUAUCCCCAGAAGAGUCCAACAAGAAAUAGAUUCUGAUGAAUCACCAGUGGCGAGGGAAAGGAACGUGAUUGUGCACACAAAUCCAGACCCUUCCAACACUGUCAAUAGGAGGUCUGGAACCAGGGACUCGGAGUGCCAAACUGAGGAUAUUCUGAUUGCCGCUCCAUCCAGAAGGAGAAUCAGAGCACAAAGGGGUCAGAGCAUUGCAGCUUCCCUUUCUCAUUCGGCUGGCAACAUUUCCGCAUUGGCAGACAAAGGUGACACCAUGUUUACAACUGCAGUGAACAGCCGCACAAGAUCUCGGAGCCUUCCCCGGGAGGGCAACAGAGGUGGAGAUGCUGAGCCCAAAGCUGGCACUAAGCCCUCAGCAUAUGAAGAGGGAGAGUCUUUUGUGGGUGACCGAGAAAGAAACCCGAAUGAAGGCGGGGAGGCCACAAGCAGCCCAAGUACACAAGAACAUCAGCCCGCUCUGAGCCUCGCCUGUUCACAGCAUCUUCACAGCCCCCAGCACAAGUUAAAUGAGAGAGGGAGGUCUCGUCUGUCCCGAAUGGCUGCCGACUCUGGCAGCUGUGACAUCUCUUCCAACUCAGACACCUUCGGGAGCCCCAUUCACUGCAUCUCCACAGCUGGCGUCCUCCUCAGCAGCCACAUGGACCAGAAAGAUGACCACCAGUCCUCCAGUGGUAACUGGAGCGGAAGCAGCUCCACAUGCCCCUCGCAGACCUCAGAGACGAUCCCUCCUGCAGCCUCUCCUCCCCUCACUGGCUCUUCACACUGUGACUCAGAGUUGUCACUGAACACAGCCCCCCAUGCGAAUGAGGAUGCGAGUGUCUUUGUGUUGGAGCAGUACAAUGACCACCUGGAUAAAGUGAGAGGCCACCGGGCAAACUCAUUUACCUCUACUGUGGCCGAUCUGCUGGAUGACCCCAACAAUAGCAACACAAGCGACAGUGAGUGGAACUACCUACAUCAUCAUCACGAUGCCUCCUGCCGCCAGGAUUUUAGUCCCGAACGUCCCAAGGCGGAUAGCCUGGGCUGCCCGAGCUUCACAAGCAUGGCCACUUAUGACAGCUUUCUGGAGAAGUCCCCGUCAGACAAAGCAGACACUAGCUCUCACUUUUCAGUGGACACGGAAGGAUACUACACUUCCAUGCAUUUUGACUGUGGUCUCAAAGGUAAUAAGAGCUAUGUCUGUCACUAUGCAGCCCUGGGCCCAGAGAAUGGCCAAGGAGUUGGGGUACCUUCUGGCCUUCCAGACUGUGCCUGGCAGGACUACUUAGACCAUAGGAGGCAGGGGAGACCUAGCAUUUCUUUCAGAAAACCAAAGGCAAAGCCAACCCCACCUAAACGCAGCUCAUCGCUGAGGAAGUCUGAUGGAAACGCAGAUGUUUCUGAGAAGAAAGAACCAAAGAUAGGCAGUGGCCAAAUCCUGCCUCACAAUUCCAGGGAAAUGAAGCUGCCGCUUGAUUUCUCCAGCACACCUUCUCUAAUGGAGACUGCCAAUCUUCCCUCCAAGCAGGAGUCUUCUUGGAUGAACCAGAAUGAACAUGGUAUCAAGGAACCUCAGUUGGAUACUUCAGAUAUUCCACCAUUCAAAGAUGAAGGUGCUGAAUCAACUCACUAUGCAGACCUCUGGCUUUUAAAUGACUUGAAAACAAAUGAUCCUUAUAGAUCGUUAUCCAAUUCAAGCACUGCUACGGGUACCACAGUUAUUGAAUGCAUCAAAUCUCCAGAGAGCUCUGAAUCCCAAACAUCCCAAUCAGAAUCAAGAGCCACGACCCCAUCCCUUCCUUCUGUUGACAAUGAGUUUAAACUGGCUUCACCAGAAAAGUUGGCUGGCUUGGCAUCACCAUCAAGUGGCUACUCAAGCCAGUCUGAAACACCCACAUCUUCUUUUCCUACGGCUUUCUUCUCUGGCCCCUUGUCUCCUGGAGGUAGCAAAAGAAAACCAAAAGUCCCAGAAAGGAAAUCCUCACUCCAGCAGCCUUCUCUGAAAGAUGGAGCUUUAGCACUGAGUAAGGAUCUUGAACUUCCAAUAAUACCUCCUACCCAUCUUGACCUAAGUGCUCUUCAUAAUGUCUUGAAUAAACCAUUCCAUCACCGUCACCCAUUGCAUGUUUUCAGUCACAGUAAGCAGAACACAGUAGGAGAAACACUAAGGUCGAAUCCUCCUCCAUCCCUUGCAAUUACACCGACUGUCCUAAAAUCUGUGAAUCUUAGAUCCAUCAGUAAAUCUGAAGAAGCGAAGCAAAAAGAAGGCAACAAUCCAGAUCUUGCCUAUUUAGAGGAAAGUGCUCUCACAAUGGCCACCCUGUCUCCAAGUAAGAUUAGGCCACACGUGGCUAACAAAUCAUUAUCACGUCAAUAUUCUACUGAAGACACCCUACUGUCCUUUUUAGAUUCCUCUGCAAUUGAGAUGGGGCCAGAUAAACUACAGUUAGAAAAGAAACGUAUGUUUGACAUGAAGAAUCCUUGUGAUCCAGAAACAGUAACUGUAGCUGGCAGCAAUCUUCUAGAUUCAAAUGUCACAAAAGACCAGAUCCAUAUGGAGAGCGAACCCGUUCCAGAAAACACAAGUAAAAAUGGUGACAUUCUCACAGAAGGAUUUCAGAGGGUCUCUGUGGCCCGUCCAAAUGAUACUGAUGGCAAGACACUACAAUAUGGAGCUGGCCUGGAUGGAACCCGAGCACAGGCCCAGAAGGCACCCUCCGUAGAUCAGGAGGAAGGUGCACAACCUGAGUCUGUGGAUGUGUUCGCAUCUCAAUCAAAUUCAGCAUCAAGAGUCACAGACAAAGGCAAUCAACUUAAGCAACAGCUUGGGAUGAGCCGCCCCCAUGACAAAGUGCCUGGGAAUGUCAACUACAGAGCAGAGAUAUCAACUUUAAAUUCAUGCCCUGAAAAAUAUUCUGAGCAGGAAAAUAUCGCUUCAGGUAUUUCAGCCAAAAGUGCCUCUGAUUACAGCGGAACAGAGGAGACUCCAGGGAGUAUGGAUGAGGCGUCAUUCAAAGAAUCAUCGCCAAGUGACGACUCUCUGAUUUCACCGCUCAGUGAAGACUCUCAGGCUGAAGGAGAAGGCGUGUUCGUGUCUCCCAACAAACCUCGAACUACUGAGGAUUUGUUCGCAGUCAUUCACAGGUCCAAGAGGAAAGUACUGGGCCGAAAAGAUUCUGGCGACAUGUCUGUCCGCAGCAAAUCCAGAGCUGCCCUUGGCAGCAGUGCCAGCAGUGGUGGCGGCGGCGGCGGUGGUGGUGGUGGCGGCGGCGGCAGCGGCAGUGGCGGUGGCAGUGGCAACGCCGCUUCGGUGACUUCGCCCAGCAGUACCGGGCCGGCCUCCAAUAGCCAGAGGUCUCCUGGCCUCAUCUACCGAAGUGCCAAGAAGUCCAACACGUCCAACGAAGAGUUUAAGCUGUUACUCCUCAAAAAAGGCAGUCGCUCCGAUUCCAGUUACCGCAUGUCUGCGACUGAGAUCCUCAAGAGUCCCAUCUUGCCCAAGCCCCCUGGCGAACUCGUGGCUGAGUCCCCCCAAGGCACCCAUGAGGCCCAAGCAGGGGCCACCGGGUCGGAGGCAUUGUCCCCACUCUCUCCGUGCCCCCCACGGGUUAAUGCAGAAGGGUUUUCUGCAAAGAACUUUGGCACCUCGGCGGCUGCCCGGGUUGGCCGGUCCCGGGUGCCCCCUGUAGCAAGCAGCAGCCGCUAUAGCGUCCGCUGCAGGCUGUACAACGCCCCCAUGCAGGCCAUCUCUGAGGGCGAGACGGAAAACUCCGAUGGCAGCCCCCAUGAUGACCGAUCCUCCCAGAGCUCAACCUAGAGGGACCGCCCAAGGCGACGGGCAAAGACCGAACCCUCAGUCCUGGGAGGUGGGGAAAGGGAUUGGGGCUGGGGAGCAGCUAGUUAGCGCAUCGUGGGCUGCCCUCGCUGGAUU